CCUAGGUUCAUACCACCAUAAACACAAGUACUCUUCUCUAAUAUUAGCUAAGUACCUUUCUCUUUUCCACUAACAGUACUCUCUUUAGCUAAUAAAAUCUUCUAGGCCACUAACAUAUUAUUAAUGGCUCAGGGAAGAGUCAGUGCAAUGACCGUAGCAGCUUUGGUGCUGUUGAUGGUGUUGGUUGGUCACUCUGAGUUUGCUCGUGCCGCCACCUACACUGUCGGCGGUACCAACGGUUGGACCUUUAACUCUGCUGGUUGGCCUAAGGGAAAGCGUUUUAGGACUGGUGACACACUUGUGUUCAAUUAUGGACAGGGGGCACACAAUGUGGUGGCUGUGAACAGAGCCGGUUACCAGAGUUGCAGGACCCCAAAGGGUUCCAAAGUGUUUACAAGUGGAAGAGAUCAGAUCAAGCUUGUUAAAGGACAGAACUACUUCAUUUGCAAUUUCCCUCAGCACUGUGAAUCUGGCAUGAAAAUUGCCGUGACUGCAGCCUAGAUUUAGAUUUAACAAUAAUCAAUAUGAAUAUGGGGGACAAAAUAAUUAAAGCUUUUAUAUAUAUGUAUAAUUGCUUUCAUCUCUCUCUACCCCAUGAUUACUAUAUCAGAGCAAAAUCUACUUUUGUACUUUUUACUCUUUUUCUUAGCUAAAGAAAAACUACAGUACCUUUGUAGUUGGUACUAUAUUGUAACCACAUAUAAUUAAACAUAUAAUAUAAUAUGUUGUGUUUGUAAUGA